AUGGGCGCUCCCUCCAAUCUAACCCCAGGAAACGAUCAGGGUUUACCAAAUCCUUCAGGCCAUAUCAAUGCGCGGAUUUGGCGGCAACGUCGGGUAGGAUUCAAUGCCAAAUGCGCGAACGAUCAGGCCACAAUCCCUACCUGGAAGAGCCCAGCACAGGUUCCGUUUCUAGCGGAAGCCCAGCCUUCCAACUCGCACGCUCCUGUACGAAGUGGACGGAACGAGGGUCUUCCCACUCAACCACAGCAGCCGCAAUCCAAAUUCGGACACCUGCUGGAAGCGACUGGAUCAACGUCAUAUCAUCAACGAGCACAUAAAACGAGUCAUCCAUAUCAGCGACUUGGUUCCAAAGGACGGAUCCAUCACGGCGCAGAAUAUCGAGGGAUUAGAAUCAAUCAAGAUAAUCCACACAACCCCCCCACCCCAACUACCAAUUCCCAAGCAUCACAUCGCGAUUCAACAUUCUCACACUUCCCACCUCCUUCAAAUGCAAAUUUCCCACAUUCUGGGUAUUUGCCAAUGGAUGCGCAGAGUCCGGACUACGCUUCAACAGCUGCGCCUUUAGGAGCUUCCUAUUCAACCAAUCCUCCGGUAGGGGAGAAGGCGCCAUUAGAUACACCAUCCUUCACCUCAGAGCCAACGCAUCUAAUGUCGGAAGGUUCAACUGAGCACCCAUAUAGCGCUCCUUUUAAAAACAGGGGAGGAGCUGAUUCUGGCAACCUGGAAAGCAAAGGAAAACUUCCAGAAAGUGGCAGAGAUGAUGAUAUAGAACGAUUCACAGUUCGUCCCAGGACUCCGCCGCCAAAUCAAGCACCAGGCACCGUUUCCCAUUCCCGCGUAUGCCUCUUCGUGCGCCAGCAACCUAUAGCAGCUCGUGCCUGUAAACCUGGAGAUAAAUGCCGGCGACCCAUCGAUCCGAUACCAAUCAUUCAGCUGUUGAUGACCGAUUUCUCUCCGGAGUCGAUGGAAGACAAGAUGCAACUUGCAAGCAAUCAGUACAUUGUUUCCUGCCACUUAUCUCCAAUCGCAAAGGAGCACGGGGGAGCUAAUGAGAAGCAUCCUUCCAAGCAAACUGACCGUGGGGAAAUCAACGACCCUGACAGCAACUUGUCAGCUGGCAGGACACUAAGCGGCAACUGUCAUGCAGGUCCAUUUUCUGUCAAAGAAGAUCCCGAUCCAACCAAUGCGCCUCCCCACCCUCGAUCAGCACCAAAUCAAGCAAUAAACUCGGCUUCUGUCCUUAGACAAACCUCAGGUCGUUUGCAAUCUCCCAACCCGCCGGCAUCUAUGCCUGCGACCUUUUUCAUUUUUCCCGACCUUUCCAUUUGCAAGGUAGGCCGUUAUCGGCUACGGUUUCAGCUCAUGGAUGUCCAUGAAGCUUUGCGAUUGGGGUGUUCUCCAAUCCUUCACGAAGUUUAUUCUGAGCCUUUUCAGGUGUUUCAUGCGAGGGACUUUCCCGGUCUGCAGCCAACACCCUUAUUGACAGCGAGAUUGAGGUCCUUGGGUGCUGUGGGAAUUAACGCGUGA